GCCACAUACACUGAUCAGAAUGAAGCAGAAGCGAUCUCUCCUGUCUCUGCUCUCUGUGGCACUCGUUCUUCUUGGCAAUGUAGACGGGGGAAAAGUUCUAGUGUGGCCUGCUGAAGGCAGCCACUGGAUCAAUCUGAAGCCUGUGAUCGAGACUCUGAUUGACAGGGGACACGGCGUGACCGUUCUGGUUCCGAAUGCAACGUUAUAUAUGGACACCAAGAAACCAGAACGCUUCAGCUCGCUCUGCUUCAAUGCGUCCAUAUCUGAGAAGGACUUGGACGAUUUCCUCGAGGAAUUCCUGCAGUUUGAAAUGUACGAGUCCCACCAGAUGAACGUUCUGCAGAAAUACAUCAAACUUUACGAGUUCUUAUCUAAAGACCAGGACUUCUUUCUUCAGUACUGUGACGGGGUGCUGAAGUCUCCAGCAGUCAUGGACAAACUGCGGGAAGGGAAGUUCGACGUGAUUCUGGCGGACCCUCUGUUCCCCUGCGCCGAGCUGGCCGCUGAAGUUCUUGGCGUUCCAUUCAUCUUCACGUUUCGUUUCUCCGUCGCUCACACCGUGGAGAGGAUGUGUGGUCAGUCUCCAGCUCCACCGUCCUAUGCACCUGGGACCAUGAGUGAACUGACCGACAGGAUGAGCUUCUUUGAGCGUGUGGUCAGUCUGCUGUUCUAUCUGACUAAUGAUGCAAUGUCUGUCAGCCUGUGGAAAAAAUAUGAUGACUAUUACACGGAGUACUUAGGUCGACCCACUAGCUACUGUGAGCUGACGGGCAAAGCUGAUAUCUGGUUAAUCAGAACGUACUGGGACUUUGAGUACCCGCGGCCCCUCCUGCCCAACUUCGUAUAUGUUGGCGGGCUGCACUGCAGUCCAGCCAAACCAUUACCACAGGAUCUGGAGGAGUUUGUGCAGAGCUCAGGGGAUGAUGGGAUUGUGGUGUUUACUCUGGGAUCCUUCAUCAGAAACAUGACUAAAGAGAGGAGCAACAUAAUCGCCUCUGCUUUUGGACAGAUCCCACAGAAGGUCUUGUGGAAGUACAGUGGAGAGAAGCCAGACACUCUGGCUCCAAACACCAGAAUUUAUGACUGGAUCCCUCAGAAUGACCUACUGGGUCAUCCAAAAACCAGAGCAUUUGUCACCCACGGUGGCACUAAUGGUGUAUAUGAGGCCAUCUACCAUGGUGUGCCGAUGGUGGGGAUCCCCAUAUAUGCUGACCAGCCUGAUAACGUGGUCCAUAUGAAGGCUAAAGGCGCUGCUGUUUUUCUGAACUUCAACAGCAUGCAGGCCCAGGAUCUGGUGGACGCUCUCAAGACCGUCAUUAAUGACCCCAGCUAUAAGGAGAGCGCCAUGCGUCUGUCACGGAUCCACCACGACCGUCCCGUUAAACCUCUAGACGAGGCUGUGUUCUGGAUCGAGCACGUAAUGCAGAAUAAAGGCGCUGGGCACCUGCGUGUGGCCUCCCAUAGCCUGACCUGGUACCAGUACCACUGCCUGGACGUCCUGGUGUUCGUCAUCAGCAUCCUGGCUCUGGUCUUCUACAUCAUUAUUAGAACAUGCAGCUUCUUCAUCCGGAGAUGCUGCCGAACACCGAAGCACAAAAGCAAGAAAGACUGACACAUUUAGCUUAUUGUCUGUUGCCUAAUUUACAAGUUUCGAGAGGUUUUGUUUUACCAUGAAUUUACCACAGUUGCUUAAUGAAUUAUUCAUUAUUGAUAAGAGUCAUAACAUCAGUUCUUCCUCCAAACAGUGUUUUUUGGCAACCAGGGCCAACAGUUGACAAACUACCAGGUCAGUUUAUGUUUCCCAGGUCUGUUUCUGGGCUCCAGCGCUAGUAACUCAGUUCAUGGGGUGUUAAUAACUUUCUAAACCAAGUUUUCUGGUGUUGUUGUUUGUUCAUACAAUGCUUUUUCAAGCUCUAAAACAGAGUUAUAGCUCAAAGGUUCAUAGAGUUUAGAUGGUGUGCAGCCCUUUUGCGCUGCAAGUUGGGGGUUUUGGGGUACUUUUUGAGUUGGAAAAAACUCAACACAACAUUUAGCUUCCUCUGAAACACAAUCUCACUGAACCUCCUAACAACAAUAUUUGCAAUAAAUUAAUUUAAGUUUCA